UCUUUGCCCCAUGUCAAGUUCAUCCACCAUCCGUAGACGGCUCAAUUUGGCGAAAGCAAGGAGAGGAAUGCACAGAUAGAAGAACGAGCAGUUGCCGUUUUGUAACUCUGAGUUUCAUGAACUGAAUCAAUCAUCAGACCAAUAUUCCUUCUCUACAUCUCUCAUAAUACAUCCUUCUGUCCAAGGUGAAGAAAGGUUUGGGUGAUGAAGUGUGUUUUUGUUUUUGGUCUUCUUCAUCGGCACAGUGAGAAUGGCUCCGCUCAAGAGAUAGCCGAACGAUUGCUGAUGUGUUGCACUCAGAUAGCCGCUGGUCUGGUGUUUCUGCAAAGAGUCAACUUUGUGCAUCGGGAUCUUGCAGCUAGAAAUGUGCUGCUGAGUGAAGACUUGACGUGCAUGAUCUGUGAUUUUGGCAUGUCAAAGAUCCUGGCUGAAGAGUCCUAUUACAGUAGCCAUGGUGGAAAGCUACCAGUCAAGUGGUCACCACCGGAGGUGAUACUAAAGCGUAAAUUCUCCAUCGGCAGUGAUAUCUGGAGCUACGCCGUGGUGCUGUAUGAGAUCUGGUCUCUCGGACGUAAGCCGUACUUCCCGCAUCCGGCCGUCAAGGUAGCCGAAGACGUGUGUGCUGGAUAUCGUCUACCUGCACCGCCAGGUUGCCCGUUGGAACUCUACCGACUCAUGAUUGAAUGCUGGCACACAACACCAAGCAAGCGUCCCACGGCCACACAGAUCCUCUCCAGGCUGAACAGCAUCAAAGCAGACAACACAGCGGAAUCGAAGGAUGCACCCAGCAGAGCCAGUGUGUGUUCCACAGCAAGCAGCACGGCGGUGGGGCUGAAAGUCGUCCAGUACCUCGGCCUGCCGCACAAUGCUGCCCAUCUGCCUGAGGAGUUUACCACACUGCAGAACGCCUAUCACAAACCGCCAGUCAAGCCUAGGCUAAGUCGCAGGUGAACACGGUAUGCUGUGUGAGCCCAGGCUAAGCCGGACGUGAACACGACAUGCUGUGGGAGCCCAGGUGAACACUGUGUGAGCCCAGGCUUCAAGGUGUCCAGUUUGGGGUGUGUCAGCACUGGUGUCCAGUUUGUGGUGUGUGAGCCCAGGUGUGCAGUUUGCGGUGUGUGAGCCCAGGUGUGCAGUUUGUGGUGUGUGAGCAGUGGUGUCCAGUUUGUGAUGUGUGAGCCCAGGUGUGCAGUUUGUGGUGUGUGUGUGUGUGUGUGUACAUGUAAACACAAUGGCACUGUAGCUUACCAGGAUGUCUUGCAGUGCCCAGUCUCUAACUGCCAUGGGAGCACUUUGAUGAUAACAGUUAAAUGCUUGCAUACACGACGCACACUUGCACACAUCCACUGCCAUCGUGUUGUCCACUGCGGACCCGCAAUUGACAACCAGCAGUUGAAGCAAAUCAGCGGCGUUCACCCCCAGCGCAGUUAUGCGACGUCUGUAGCAUUGAUACCUAAUGAGAACUAAUUGAGAUGAUAACAAAGUGAUCUUCCGGCACACUGAACAGCAACAGAGCAGUAGAGGGCAGCAGUAGCAACAUAAAAAUAAAAAUCUCCAAGUCACGUAUAACUUGUUUUCACAGCGGCAAGUCCCAGUGAUAUUUGCAGGAUCACUGAUCUUCCCGUUUCUAACAAUACACUGCCUGAUGAUUACUGAAUGGAUGAGCAGCUGUUCAAAUUGCAGCUAAAUCACUCCUGAGGUUCAACGGCAGCUGUAUUCUUGACAAUGAUCUAACACUGCAUGAUUUUGCGUAAAGCUGGCCGAGUUGAUUUUUUAUUUUACAUUAUGAAUUUCCUCACAGCAAAGGUCAGAACGGCCAUGCUAGUAGUGAUGAUAAUAAUAAUUAUCAUGUUGAGAGCCCAUUGCAUAAUAGCAAGCACUGUGCCUUGCGUAAUGAAUGAUCACACUGUCGCUUACUUCUGAAUUUGCUGCUAAUCCACGUUCACGCUCAAUGCAUAUUAACGUCACGUUUGAUAAUGAGUGACCAUUGUGUAAACAAAAUCAUUAGUUCACCUCCCUCCAA